AUGUACCGUUUACCACACCUCACAAAGCAAACAAGUCGUAUUGCCAGAUCCAAUAUUGGCGCUUCAACUCGACUUUACAGUAGCGCACCGAAAAUCACUGGUCCAGUUAUUGGUAUCGAUUUGGGUACUACAAACUCAUGCGUAUCUGUCAUGGACGGUAAGGAUCCUCGAGUCAUUGAGAACUCUGAGGGCGCGAGAACAACGCCAUCGGUUGUAGCAUUCACCAAGGAAGGUGAACUUUUGGUCGGUCAAACAGCCAAACGUCAGGCUGUUGUAAACUCUGAAAAUACCAUCUAUGCCACCAAAAGACUCAUCGGCCGAAAAUUCAAAGAUCCAGCCGUUCAAGCUGAUAUUCCUAGUGUAUCAUACAAGAUCAUUGCUCACUCGAAUGGAGAUGCUUGGGUUGAAGUAGCUGGAGGCAAAAAGUACUCACCCUCGCAAAUUGGUGCAUUUGUUUUAGGCAAGAUGAAGGAAACCGCCGAGGGAUUUCUGCACAAGAAAGUGAAACACGCUGUUGUCACUGUGCCCGCUUAUUUCAACGAUUCUCAACGUCAAGCUACCAAGGAUGCUGGUAAAAUUGCUGGCUUGGAUGUGCUGCGUGUUAUCAAUGAACCUACUGCUGCUGCAUUGGCUUAUGGCCUCGAUAAGUCUGGCGAUAAAACAAUUGCUGUCUAUGAUUUGGGUGGUGGCACGUUUGAUAUCUCGGUUUUGGAAAUUCAAAGUGGUGUAUUUGAAGUCAAGUCGACAAAUGGCGAUACAGCAUUAGGUGGCGAAGAUUUCGACUCUCAUUUGGUUCGCUAUGUCGUUGAUGACUUUAAGAAGGAAUCUGGGGGCCUCGAUUUAUCCAAAGAUCGCAUGGCUAUUCAGCGUAUUCGUGAAGCUUGUGAAAAGGCCAAGAUUGAAUUAUCAUCCACGGUGCAAACAGACAUCAAUUUACCAUACAUUACUGCUGAUGCCACUGGCCCCAAGCACAUUAAUAUGAAACUGACUCGCUCAAAGUACGAAGGCUUGGUUGCGGAUCUCAUUAAGCGCACAAUUCCUCCUUGUGAAAAGGCCAUGAAGGAUGCUGGUAUCACUAACAAGAAUGUGCAAGACGUUAUUCUGGUUGGCGGUAUGUCCCGUAUGCCCAAGGUUGUGGAGACUGUCAAGUCUGUCUUUGGCAGAGAGCCCUCCAAGUCUGUUAACCCUGAUGAGGCUGUUGCCAUUGGUGCUGCUAUUCAAGGCGGUGUCCUUGCUGGCUCAGUUACUGACAUCUUGCUGCUCGAUGUCACUCCUCUCUCCUUGGGUAUUGAAACACUUGGUGGUGUCUUUACUCGUUUGAUCAACCGUAACACAACUAUUCCUACCAAGAAGUCUCAAAUCUUUUCUACUGCUGCUGACGGUCAAACCCAAGUACAGAUCCGUGUCUUCCAAGGUGAACGUGAGCUUUGCCGUGAUAACAAGCUGUUGGGCGAUUUCAAUUUGACAGGUGUACCUCCUGCUCCCAAGGGUGUUCCUCAAAUCGAAGUCGAAUUUGAUAUCGACGCUGAUGGCAUUGUCAAUGUGCACGCAAAGGACAAGGCAACCAACCGCGAUCAAUCCAUUACUAUUGCUGCAUCCUCAGGCUUGAGUAAUGAUGAAAUCGAAAACAUGAUCCAAGAAGCAGAAAAGAACGCUGAAGCCGAUCGUGCUCGUCGAGAUACGAUUGAGAUGGCCAAUCGUGCCGAGUCUGUCAUGAGUGAGACUGAGAGGGCCAUGGAGGACUUUAAGGAGCAAAUCGACUCAUCAGAGGCCGAAAGGCUGAAGCAACAAAUCGAGACAUUGAGAGCUGAAACUGUCAAGGCUCAAGGCGGUGAUGAGAGCGUCAAACCUGACGACAUCAAGGCCAAGAUUGACCAGCUUCAAUCCAGCUCACUCAAAUUAUUUGAAAUGGUCUACAAGAACCGUGCUCAACAAGAGGGCGGAAAUGAUCCCAACGCUAGCAACCCUCAGCAAUAA